CUCUCUCUCCCAAUGACCUUUAAAUUAGAGAUCUCUCUAAGAAUUUACCCAAAUGCUUUAAGAUCCCACCCUCUCUCUCUCUCUCUCUUUCUCUCUCUCUCUUUUGUUCACCCAUGCUACUAAUAUCAAGAUUAUACCUAAAACCCUUUCUCAGUCAUUACCUUCAAUUUAGAGGGCUCUCCAUGACCCCAGACCCAACCCACCUCCUCAGAGUCUGCACCAUUCUUUACCAGCAAAGGGACUCACCAAACUCAAAGCUUUUCCCUCUCCUCAACUCUUCAUGUGACCCCAAAACCCUAACCCUAGAAUUCUUCAUCCAAGUCUGCAACAAAUUCCUCUUCUCAUGGAAACCACCCUUCAAGUUCUUCAGGUACACUCAGUCUCACCCUCAAAUCGCUUUCUCUCACACACCCAUUUCAUGGAACAAGGUUCUUGACAUUUUAGGCAAGUCUAAGAACCUGCAACUCAUGUGGGAGUUCCUCGAAGAAAUGGCUCGAAAUGGAAUGGCAAACACCAGGUCUUUUGAGAUUUCUGUCAUGGCUUUUGCGAGUUCUAGAGAGAUAAAUAAGUGUAUCGAGACCUUCCAUCUCAUGAAUCAGCAUGGCGUGCCCUAUAGCUUGGAGACAAUGAAUAGGGUGGUGGGCUGUCUCUGUAAAUUGAAACUUGUAGAGGAGGCACAAACCUUAAUUAGGAAGCUUGAUCCAUGGAUAAAGCCUGAUUUAAUCACUUUCAGGAUUUUACUAGUUGGGUUUUGUGGGGUUGGGAAUAUAAUCCAGGCUUCGAAGAUAUGGAAUUCAAUGGUGGAUCGGGGGCUUGAACCAGACGUAGAGACUUGCGAUGCCAUAAUUGAUUCUCUCUUCAAAGCCGAUAAAGGGGUCGAUGCCCUGAAAUUGUUCAAAUCGAUGAGUUUCAGAGGACUAGAUGUUCGAUUGUCAACUUAUAGAGUUGUGAUCAAUUGGCUAUGCAAAAAUGGCCAAAUUGGCGAAGCCCAACAUGUGUUUGAAGAAAUGAGACACAGAGGCUUGGAGCCUGAUGACUCCAUUAAUGGGUCUCUGGUUUUUGGGCUUGCUACUAGGCAUAAGAUCAGGGAAGCCUACAAAAUGGUCGAGAGCAUAAAAAACCCUAAUUUGACUGUGUACCAUGCCUUGAUCAAGGCUCUAAUAGGUCUAAAGAGGCCAUGUGAAGCCACCCAAGUUUUUAGAGAGAUGAUAGAGAGAGACUGUGAGCCCACAAUGCACACAUACAUUAUGCUCUUGCAAGGGCAUUUUGGGAAGAGAGGGAGAAAGGGGCAUAACCCAGGUGUUAAUUUUGACACUGUAUUUUUGGGGGGUUUCGCAAAGGAAGGGAGAACAUGGGAAUUCAGUAAGUUCAUCGAGAGAAUGGUGUAUGAAGGUGUGGAGGUGCCAAGGUUUGAUUAUAACAAGUUUUUGCAUGCUUUUUCAAAUGAAGAAGGGGUGAAGAUGUUUGAGGAGGUUGGGAAGACGUUGAAGGAAGUGGGCAUGGUAGAUGUUGGGGACGUCUUUUUGAGGUAUGGAGAGAAGAUGGCUACCAGAGAGAGGAGGCGGAGGCUUAGGCUAGAGCACACUUAGCUCAGGUCGGGUCGAGGUGGAGGCUUAGGCUACAGCGUGUAAUCUGUCAUAGAAUUUGGCCUGGAAUCGUUUUUUAUCGAGGUUAUGCUUAAAGGCGUGGAGGUGCAUGGGAAAUUAGUAAGUUCAAAGAGAGAAUGGUGUGGAGGUGCAAAGGUUUGAUUAUAACAAGUUUUUGCAUGAUUUUUCGAAUGAAGAAGCGGUGAAGUUGUUUGAGGAGGUUGGGAGGAGGUUGAGGGAAGCGGGCAUGGUGGAUGUUGGAGAUAUAUUUUGGAGGUAUGGAGAGAAGAUGGCCACCAGAGAGAGGAGGCGGAGGCUUUGGCUAGAGCACACUUAGCUCAGGUCGGGUCGAGGCGGAGGCUUAGGCUACGGCUCUUCAUCUGCUAUCUCCUGUGUGUCUGGCUUCCGCCCGGACGCAGGAACUAGACUCGGCGAGCCCCUCAAAUGCCUAAGUUAGUUCGAAUAGAAUUUUCUCGGAAAGGUCAAAGAAUUCUUUCACCCACCGACUAUCUUCGCCGUAGCGAGCUUUCCCGUGAGGAAAAGGGCUGUCAUCACGUGUAUCUGGUCUAGGAGCCAACUAGAGGGACGAAUAGUCCAGUUCUUCCUGCGUCCCACUUCUAUAUCAUCCAUCUCAACCAUCGUAUCCGCCCAUCCAUACUAGUAAGAAUUUGGCCUGGAAUCAUUUUUUAUCGGGGCUAUUCUUGAAGUGCUUGGAUGGUAUUUGUGUUAAACGGAUGCUUAUCUUCUACUUAAGAUGUGGAGUCUUUGGCUGUUUUUAAAGUCUUUCAAAGUUAUAUCUUGCCCUAAAACUAACAUGAAAAAGAUGAAAACUGUGGGACAUUAUGUGAGACGUGGAGAAUUCAGCAACUAGCGAAUAUUGUAGGAUGCGGCAUGCCUUGCAGAUACCUUGGUUUACCUUUGGUAGAGGAUAGACAUCACAGAUCAACCUGGGACUGGCAGUGGAGAGAUUUCACAGGAAAUUGGAAACUUGGAAAGUUGAAUAUCUUUCACUUGGAGGGAGAAUAACUCUCAUAAAAUCACCAUCUCUAAUCUCCCGUUUAUUUUAUGUCCGUAUUUUGCAGCCUUCCUCAAUUGCCAAAACUUCAGAGAUUUUCUUUUGGGCAAUUUUGAGGGGGACAGCGGAAAUACCUUAAUUUGGGAGAAGGAUAUAGCUCCUAAGAGGCAGAUCGGUUUGGUAAUUAGAAGACUUAAAACUCAUGAAUAGCUCGCUUUUGACCAAAUGGUGGUGGAUAUUUUCUUCACAUACUACUGGCUUGCGGAAGUAAGUGCUAACACAUAAACAGUGGAACAAUCCUAGAGCUUCCGCCUUGCGGAUAGCCUGCAACUUUGUAGUCCUCUUUUAUUAUUGAAGGUAAACAUUCUCUAAAAAAAGAAACAGUAGAACAAUUGUAGGAGAUGAGAUGAAUACUAGAUUUGGGUCUGAUAAAUGGCUGGGUGACCCGUCUCAAAUUCCAACACCCUAGUCUGUUUUAAAAUGUUGACAGCACAAAUGCCUUCGUUUCAAACAUUCAAGUGCCACUAGGAAGCCAACCCUUUUGGAACAUCAUUUGUAGAUACAGAAGGGUGACUGACACGGGGACUAAAGAAUUUUAAGAUCUAUGGGGGCUACUAGAACAAUUAUACUUCUGCCCCAACGGAAGGGAUCAGACCAUAUGGGCACUUACUCGGAGGCCAAUUCAUAGUUCAUCCCUUUUUAGAUAGCUAUAUAAUGACCACUUGCACCUCUAUGAACCUUGGCAGAAUAAGGGUCCCCUCCUGUACCCCACAAAGUGCAGGGCAUCACUUGGAUUAUACUGCAAGGGAUGCUAGUAACAUUCCUAAUAUAUGUAUCAUGUGUAAAUCAGAUGAAGAAUCAGCCAAUCAUUUAUUUUUGCAUUACCACUAAUCAUCAACAUCUGGUCGUCGCUCCUUAGGCAUGGCAGUUUGCAACAGGUUAUCCCUUUUGUAAUUCAGUUCCUCCACCAAUGGCUCAACCUCCCCUCCCUAAAAUGGGAAUCACCAUUUUGGAGGGUACUUAUGGCUGCAACCCUGUGGAUUUACUGGAAAGAGCGGAAUAAAUGAAUACUUGAGGAUUCAUCAUCGUCUCAAUUUAAGAUUCACGAUCUCAUCUCAGCCAUGGCAGCAGAAUGGGUUUCUACAUCAAAGGUGGGCGGUGGGUAUUGCACGGACUGACAUUAUACACACUUCUCAACCUGUGCCCGAGGGUAGCCACCAGAAAUCAUCUUUGGUUCCCCCUCCAUUGGGUAAAUUCAAAUUUAACUUUGAUGGGUCAUGGGAGCUCCAUGGGGAACUCAGGACCAGUAGGCUGUGGUGGGGUUAUCACAUACUCAAAUGGAGCAAUAGCACUCACAUAUGCGGCCCCUUUACCUGCCUGUUCAACGAAUGAGGCGGAGGCAAGAGCUGGGCGAGGGGAAACCAACAUAUCCCAUGGAGACUCUUUCACAUUUUUUAUCGCAUUAGGAUGCGUUGAGGUCCACGCACCACACAUUUGUGAAUGCAAUGAGUUGGUUGACUCUCGUGAGGCAAGGGACUGCCCCCUCUUCAUUGCUUAUAACUUUAUUCUCAUAUACAUAGCAUUUGAUGUCUCUGUAUUUUGGUGGUUGUAAUCUAUGAAGAAGAUCAUUACCAUUCAAAGAAAGAAAAAGGAGUAAUAAAAUAACCUUUUUAUAUUUUUAUUA